CUUCUUCUCGUUUCCCGCGCCUCUUCCUUCCCUUGCCAAUCUUCCGAUACACGACUCCUCCUCAAUCUGUCUCUGCUGAAUCAUCUCCCUCCGUUUCUUUCUUCUCUCUAAUUUAUAUAAUUUAAGCAGUAAUUCGAAGUACAGCAGGGGCAGGAAUGUUCUAUUCACAAACCUUUUUGGGCCGAAAGGGGCCGCUGGCGACGGUUUGGUGUGCGGCGCACGUGCAGCACCGUCUCAAGAAGUCCCAUUAUACCUCCACCGAUAUUAGCUCCACCGUCGAUAAAAUCAUGUUCCCGGAAGUCCCUAUCGCGCUGAGAAUGUCUGGUCACCUUCUUUUUGGUGUUGUUCGCAUAUAUUCAAAGAAAGUUGAUUACCUUUACCAGGACUGCAAUGUAAUUGUGAGUGCGUUGAGAAAGGCCUUCUCUUCCAUAGACGUUAAUUUGCCAGAGGAUGCAAGGCAGGCACCCAUUCAGUCCAUCACCUUGCCAGAUACCUUUGAUCUUGAUUGUGUGAAUUUGGAUGAUGACAUACUUACUGAGGGGUAUCCGGACAGUCAUAUUAAGAGUCAGGAGGACAUCACUCUUAUGGAUCAAAUUCCUGCUGGAAUAAAUCCUUAUAUUGUUAUUUCUUUUGACGAGGAUAUGAUGAUGGAUGCAACAUUUCCGGAAGAGGGUCAUACAGGCAUUGGCACAACGGAGGGGCCCACUUUUUCUCCAGUGAAUGGUAGUAUGGGAUUUCAAGAUCUAGAUCCAAGGAAUCUUUCUAAGGAACAUAGCGCUACUCAGGAUGUUCAAGACCCUGGUCCAAUCAAUCAGACUGAAAUUCUUAAUGCAAGGGUUAUUGGUGAUGGUUCUCCUCAAAAUUUUCCUGAUAUUGAAGUCCUGCGUGAUACUGUCCACAGUUUCGAUGGAGAAAGCCUACCUCAAAUGUAUGCAGACGAAGGAAAUGUAGUGGCCAUGGAAAACAGAUCUUCAGGUGAUAUCAGAAAUGAAAAUGAAACUCUCUCUCCAAUUAUGCAUGAUAUGAUACCUUCAAGAGGGCAGUCUUUACCAUCUCAGCAGUGUUCGGAACCAACUACAUCUGCUGCUUCCCUGCAGGCUCCUGAGAUUUUUGAAGCUCACGUUUCAGUUGGAAACAUGCCUGUUGAUUUUGCCAUUCGAUCAACUCCACCUGCUCGACAGCCGCAGCUGAGGCGGAGGAAAAGAAAAUUUUUCUUUGAUGAGACCAUAGUGUUGUCAAAUAGGUUCUUGAAGAAGACGCUUGAAGACUCCAGUGAUCUGUUACGGAAGAAGCGGGAAAGCCCUUGCUCUGCUUUGGAUAUAUGGAAGAAGAAGAAUAUAUUGAGAAAAGAAGAAGUUUUCAAUGAUCCUUUAGUUACUGGGUUGUGCACAGAUAUAUGCAAUAUUUUCAGCAAGGAAAAUUUUUCUUCGAGGCCCCAUUUGCUGCUUGAGGAGGAGACCAUCCCAGAGCCUAGUGUCCCAAACUCUCCUGCUCGUGGAGCUGAAGCUACAACAGAGCCAAGGGUUGUGCUAUCUGCUGGGCUCGUGACUGAAGCUACCCGAGACCGAGAACCUAGUCCUCCUUUCGUCCCAGAGAUGGAUAGGGAUAUUGAGCUUAUGCGAGAUUUUGAUGGCCACAUUGGUGGAGACGACCUAUUUCCUAAGGAUGCAUAUGUGCCAUUUCCUUUUAGAAACGUUGACUCCACUCCCACCCCUUCAAACAAUUCGGGAUUGGAAUCGAUGCCCCUGGCCGAAACAAUUCCUAGGAGUGGAAUGCCUCCCACACCAAGUGUAGCUGCAUCCACUGGAAAUUAUGGCUCCGAGCCUGAAACACCAAGGACAUUCGUGGUGGAGGGUCUGGGUGUGGAGAGCACAGGGCUUUCAGAUAUUCCUGAAACAAUGAAUUCUGCAGAAGCCAAUGAACUUUAUUUUCUGGAAGCCGACUACAAUAUACCACCAGGGUCCCAAGAAACUCAAUUGGGGGAUGAUUUAUUACCGAGGACAAGGGCUGUGUUUCAAUACCUGGAAAGACAUUCACCUAGUAAUCCGAUGUUGGAAGACACCCCUGGGGAUCUCAGUCUGAACAAGAUUUUAGAAGGAAGAACCCGAAAGUUGUGUGCUCGAAUGUUUUAUGAAACGUUGGUCUUGAAAAAUAAGCAAGUUGUUGAUGUAUUGCAAGAAGAACCUUAUGGUGACAUUACUUUGACAUUAAAAUCACCACCGAAGACUGAUCCGUGAGAUUGCUUAUCCGAAAAGUUCUGUACAGUUCUUGUAUAUAUAGUUAUUUAUCUUGGAAGGGGAUACAUGAUGUGAGAGGCAAUUGGGUUUGUUCAGUACUUCAGCUAGAGAUCUGCUGCUAAAGAUGGUGGUCUGAAGCCACUGUAAUUUUGGGUUGUUAGAGGUGAUAUUAAUGCUCCAUUUGUUUAACGGAAAAUCAGCUUUUUAAAAAUAUUUUCCUCAUUUUAUGACGCUUGAAUAAGAAAAAUAAAGAUCAUAGUCAACUGAAAAUUUUAUUUAGUCCAAAUGUUUUAAAUGAAAAACUUUUCAGAUUUCUCAGGAUGCCAAGCAAAUGCUACAUAUUAUGCAGAUGAUGGUAUUGAAUUUGAGGUCACUCAUCAUGCACUUUAUAUGGACCUUUUGACAUCGGUAUAUACUUAUACAUCUUGGAGAAUGGGAGUUUGGGGUCACAUUUUGUACUGAAUCAUGCAAGGUGUGCUUCAUGAGUUCAUAGUCUUGAAGACGACCUUUGGCAGCAUUGUUCUCCCAACGUAUCAGUGUUGGAACUCCAGUGAGCUUGAACCUUGAGUCUGAUCUCCAAGAGUGCUGCGGAUUUCUCCAGGUUGGCCUGUCCAACGCAAGCUCGGACAAGUGCCACAUCAUCUACGGAUGUUUCGAGCUUCUUGUAUAUAACAGGCUCAGCCCUCACACAAUCUGUAACCAAAAAAGACGAAAUAAAAUGUGAAUUACAAACCUGGAAGUUCACAGAAAAUUGCUUUCAAGUGUCAACCCAUGGUGUGAUCAUAAUAAGACCAAUUCUUGCAGCA